GCAACGGAGAAAAGUGACUGGCAUUUUCAUCUCAGCAAAAAUGCGUCCCUUGUUGUUGCUGAUAACUCUGUUCACUUUUGUUCUCGUCAAGGCACAAGCAGGUACUUCUGGAAAGGAAGUGACUAAGCGUCAUGCAGGGAGCGGUGACAGCAAUGAAGGAUUACCUCCAUUCAUUGAACUACUGAGAGGGAGAGAUGGACGAGACGGUCGAGACGGAGAGUCUGGACCUAAGGGAUCUCCUGGUGCCACAGGAGAGAAAGGAGAUACUGGAGCUCAGGGACCUCUGGGACCCAGCAGUGGAGGAGUCACAUACAUCAGGUGGGGUCGAACCACCUGCCCCAACACACCUGGAACCGAACUAGUCUACAAAGGUUGGGCUGCUGGGAGUUACUUCUCUCAUACUGGUGGAGGCAGCAACUACCAAUGUGUCACUGAAGAACCACAGAACCUUGCUUUCGGUCCUGGCACUGCGGAACAUUCUUAUAUGUAUGGUGUUGAAUAUAAGAUUUGGGGAAACACACCACGUGAACGUCAUCACUUACAGGAUGAUGAUGUUCCGUGUGCUGUUUGCUAUGUGUCUAUCCGAGUGGCUCACCUAAUGAUCCCAGGAAGAUACACUUGUCCUCCGAACUGGACUCGCGAGUACUAUGGCUACCUCAUGGCUGAACGCUACAACCACCACAGAUCAACAUUUGAGUGUGUGGAUGCAUCACCUGAGGCUGUAGUUGGUGGACAUGCUUGGUGUUGGUGGAGCUGUGUUUUACCAUGUGGAGCCUCGAUGUGGCAGUCUACCUGCCCUCCUUAUGAACAAGAGAAAGAGAUGACAUGUGCAGUAUGCACCCGCUAAUAACCAUUUUGGCUAAAGAAAAUUCUCAUAACUCUUGGUACAUAGAUACUUAGUGUGUGCUAUGAUAGUGAAUGACAUUGAAACAUGAAAUUUAGUUGUACAUUAAUUUUAAUGCCUUGUGCUACUUUUGUGAUUGCUUGAAAAUACUGUAUUGCAAGUUGUAAAAUUUACGGUGAUUAUAAAAAUCAGUGAAUGCAACUUAACGCAAUAGUGACACACAUGGUGCUGCAAUAUAUAAAACGCCAGUGCAAGUGUUUCCAACUCCCUCACACUUGCUGUAUGCAAGUUGCAUAGUGCACCUUUGCUGCAUGGAACCUAAACCAAGUCGCAUGGUUA